CAGAAGAGCUGGAGGUGGGCAGAGAGAGGCUAUGAUGGAUUUGUGCUUAGUGCCCAGACCCAACCCCCAGCAGCUGGUGACUUAAUAAAGCCUGGAUUCCCUGAGGAUAGUUACAGAACCCAGGAUACACUGACCAGCUGCCUGAUUGCUUCAGUUGAAAUUCAAAGGGCCAGAUCACCAGGUAGUGUGAACCAGGCAACUCCAGCGAAGUCUACGGACUGCACUAGAUUGUCCCAGCUGAGGCCAUUGUGUCAUGGAACAGCAUUUGUUAGGAUAGGCUGUGAUUGUCCACAGAGCCUACUGGAGUUAGGUGCCCAAUGAACCCAUCCCUCACCUUUUAGGGACGCAGACUGUUUGAGCGACACUUGGGGUCUGAUUCUGCAGAACUUAAUCAAGGCACCACUCCCACUGAUUCAGCACCGCAGCAGAACUAUAGCCACAAGUGACCCCCAAACACCACAAAUGCCAUAUGAUUGAAGAAGGGGGAAACAGCUGAAAGAUGCCCCAAUGCUCCAGGGCAGCCCCCUGGAGGACUCGGGCCCAGUCUCAGAGACGGCCUUCUCUGCUACGUCCCCCCACUUCAACGCUGAGGAAGCCUACUCUGCCCAUAUGCCUGAGCACCUUCGCUGCGAUGCCUGCAGAGUGAUAGCCUUCCAGAUGCAGGAAUACCUGACAAAAGCAGAAUCCAAACGGUCGUCCGCUAAAGCACAGUCCACUCGUCUGAGCGAGUCUGAAUACGUGGACACACUGGAGAACAGCUGCUCGCAGAGCUGGGAAAACUAUGGAGUGCAAGAAGUGGAGGGAGUGAAACGCUUCGCAGGGCCUGGCCUGAAGAACCAGGAGACCGUGAGUGUGAUGAUGACAGGUGGACCAUGGCCAGCAAGAUUAUAUAAGCUGUGCCACAGCUACCUGGGUGAAUUUGGGGAAGAGCUGAUCUACGAGGAGUACCGACGCAGGCCGGCUGCCUUGGCAGAGUUCCUGUGCUUCGAAGAGCACAGAGCCUGCACAAGACUUAGCAACACCCAGCGCAAAAGCCCAAACAAAGUGAAGGCUCUGCAGAGUGAGCUGUAGUUCUGUUCCUGCUCAGCCAAGAUUGGCAAAUAGGUCUAAGCUGACGAGUGUGUGCCGUCAGCCUGGCCUGCCGACUGACCAUCAAAGGAGACCAAUGUGACGUUUCUGGACUUUCCCCAAAAAAACAAAUGUUUCCAGGCUCUUUUAUAUCAUUGUUAUUGCUUAAAAAAGAUCAAUUCCCGUAACCCCGCAGGGCUGACAGGCACCCCAAUAAUAAGAAACCAACGUAUACGUCUGAGCAACCCAAUAAUAACAAACCCUGCAUACGUCCCAGCAACCCAAUAAUAAGAAACCAACGUACACAUCUGGGCAACCCAAUAAUAACAACCAACAUGUACAUCCGGGCAAGUCUAUAACAAACCAACAUAUACAAUCAGGCAUCCAAAUAAUAACAAACCAAUAUGUAAAUCCAGGCAACCCUGUCAUAACAAAACAACAUGUACAGUUAGGCAGCUUUAUAAGAAUAAAGUCAUAUUCUUAGCCCAGCAAUUAUUUAUGGGCAACCCUAAAAUAAACCAACACACAUAGAUAAUUACAUACCAUAUAUCAAUCCAAUGCCAGAAACACAUGGUGGCAGAUCCUCGGUGUAAAUUAUCAUAGCUUCAGCAAAGUCUGUUGGAGCUGGGCUGUAGUCAGUGGCAUUCUGACAACGUCCACCUGCUGAGGAUCUGCCCACUAGAUCUAAUAUAAGCUCAGCAUAUUGAAAUAGUUACAUCCAGUCUGAUUUUUAGAAGUCCCGACUCCUCAUGGAUCCUGUUGACUUCCUUUCCCACAUUGAGUCAUGGGGCAUAUGUAGGUUUGCUGUUGAAUUCCUCAGGUUCCUAGCUGAGCAUUUUAUAAAUAAUGCCUUUUACUAACUACACCUCAGUCUAUAACACUGUCCUCGGGAGCCAAAAAAU